UGACGUAUGCGGAAGUGGAAGCACCGGCAAUGCCCAGAGCAAAGCUUUGCUGGUGCCUUGCUGCGACAAAAGUGGACAAUUUAACACAGUAGAGAGGCGUGUUGUAAAAUUAUCCACAAUGGGAACAAUCGGCGAACAAUAGUGUGUGUGUAGAUCAUGACUUUAAUUAUGCAAACAUUGAAGGAGAGUUGUAAUUUGCUCUGUUUGUAUUCCUCGACGCUGUUGUGUCAACGCUCACGCUAAUAUCGCUACAAAAACAGACAAAAUGUCGGUUUUUCCGAAAAUUUCUCUGAGGCCGGAGGUCGCCGAUUACCUGAAAGGCGUGUUCAUGAACAAGGAGUUGUUGGCGUCCAUUGGUCAUCGGGAAGCCGAGUGCCAUUUCCAGACGCUUCUCACCUGCUUGUCGCACCCUCCGUCUUACACGUGUGUCCGGGCGAGCGUCCACCUAGCGCCGCUGGAAGAGAUAAGACGUAAACUGGACGAGGAGCUAAGGAGGCAAAAGUGUGCAUCGGAGGAGGAGAUCGAGAUCGUCCCACAUCCCUGCGUUCCGGAUGUGCUUCUGAUCCCUGUGGUCGGACCUAGAUGUGUGCAGCAGCUCAGCUCCGAGGUGGUGGCAGGCGCACAGUGCGGCAAUGCUGUGCUAAGAGGCGCUCACGUCUUUGCCCCCGGGAUACUCGCGUGUCCAAAAUACAUGAAAGCCGGAGAUGCAGUGUCUGUGUUCUCUGACGUCGAGGGAAAAUGUACCCGCGGAGCAUUCAGUUUCUCUGGCAAGAGGACAUUUGUGGGAAACGGCGUGGCUGAAAAAGACCGUGCCGACAUUUUUGGCACGGGAGAAACCGUUAGGGGCGUUGGCGUGCGUAUGACGGAGCCCCUCUACCGGAGUCCCUCCUUUGAUGGAGUGUUACCUCACCUGGCCUUCCUACAGAAUCUUCCAUCUGUGGUGGUGGGCCACGUUCUGGGUCCUCGUCCCGGAGAGCGUAUCCUGGACAUGUGCGCUGCCCCGGGCGGGAAGACGUGCCACAUUGCCGCCCUCAUGGAGGAUCGGGGUGAAGUGGUGGCCCUGGACAGGAUCCGAAACAAGAUGGAGCUGAUUCGUCGGAAUGCCGAAAUGUUACAGUUGCGCAGCGUGAAGGCGUUUUGCUUCAACAGCACCAAAGUUGUAAGCAACGACAUCAUCGGGGAUAGAGAAGGGCCACCAUUCCCUCCCGAGAGCUUUGACCGCGUGCUUUUGGAUGCGCCCUGCAGCGGUCUCGGCCAAAGGCCAAACAUGGCGAGCACCUGGAGUCUGAAGGAGGUUUGCUCCUACCCGCCCCUCCAAAGAAGCCUCUUCCAUGCUGCGGUGCGCGCAUUAAAGCGUGGCGGCGUCCUGGUGUACAGUACGUGCACGUUGACACUGGCGGAGAACGAAGAGCAGGUGGCCUGGGCACUUCGCACCUUCCCCGGACUCACCCUGCUGCCUCAGGAGCCUCACGUGGGGGGCGAGGGCAUGCCCGGUGCGGGUUUGAUCCCGGAGCAGCUCAGCCUCCUCCAGAGGUUCCGACCCGAGUUGAGCUGGAAGGCCACCGCCGCAACGCCCCUCGCAAGCAGGGCUGACAGCGACACCAUCGGAUUCUUUAUCGCCAAGUUUCAGAAAAACUGACUCACCCCCUGGCGGGGAUGCUCAGGAACAAAAGUACACUUGGAUGCAAAUUUUAUAUAUAUCAGUGUUUUGAUGAAUACAUUUUAAAGUGUUUACACU